AUGAGUGAUGGAUUUUGCGGUACUCAUUUGCAGAUCAUGGUUGGGACCAGAGGAUUAGGUCGUGCCUUAGGUCAGGUCACUCGCAGAGAUGUGGGCAGAGGAGAUCAUGAUGAUUCCGAUGAUGCUCCACAGCGUCGACGACCUACUGCAUCCGCACAGAGGCAGCGAGUCGCUGCGACUGCGGAUCACGUCGAUGACCUAGUCAUCCCUGACCUAGAUGUUCAGGAUGACCCGAUGGAGGCACCAGCUGCUGUGGAGGACAUUCCUGCGGACGCAGGCGCACUGAGGAUCAGCCUCAGGGAUUUCCGGGUGGAGCGUCCUGAAUUGAAGUUAUCCUCGCAUGGGAGGAAGGUCCAUAGUUUAGGCAGGCCUACCCCUGCCAUUGAGGGACUUAUCGCUGGUACAGGACUAAGUCCUCUGAUCGCGUGUUCGGUAGACACCGGCGAUCAGGGACUUUUGUCCGCGUUUGUGGAGCGGUGGCAUCGGGAGACAUCUAGUUUCCAUCUCCCGGUGCGUGAGCUCACCAUCACAUUGGACGACGUCUCCUCUCUUCUCCAUCUUCCCGUUAUAGGCGACUUUCACGCAUUUGAGCCCUUGCACGUGGAUGAUGCGGUUCAGAUGCUGGUGGACUUGUUGAUGAUGUCUCCAGAGUCUACUAGGACUGAGACAGUCCAGUGUCACGGAUCGUACGUAUGCCUGCAAUGGUGCUGGAUUUACGAGCACUUUCCCUCAGUUGUGGAGUCCACCGCUAAUCAGGACUACGAUGAGGCUUCUCCGCGUGCGUGCGGGUGGAUUGCGACAAAGAAGACCGUGAAGAGCAUUCGCACGCCAUCGUAUAGGGAGCGCCUGGACCGACUCUGGAUUUCGGAUGUCUGUUGGAUCCCGUAUGGGGAGCAUCGGGAGGUCCGGGACUUCCAUGUCAGAUCAUGCUACUCCGGUCUCUUGCGUUGGGGGCCUGUUGCUGUGUAUUACCGGCCGGAGAGGGUCGUGCGGCAGAUUGGUUACACGCAGACCAUCCCUGCUCCUCCUGUCGAUUCAUGGGUCUCGUAUGAUGAUAUACACGAUAGGUGGAUGCAUUACGAGGAUCAUAUCGUACUUGCAGGUGAGGUUUGCGUGGUGCCAGGGGCGUGUUCCAGUGACUACAUCGACUGGUUCUUCCGCAUCUCCCAUCCUUUCAUGACACCAGGCCACGCAGUAGAUCCUCUGCCUCAUGGUCACGCCCCGUAG